GCAUGCGUCAAAGAGGAUUAAAUGUAAAUUUGAGUGGCCUCUCUUCUCUCUUCUUAAAUGCUCGUGGGCGCGGCGAUACCUGCAGAAACGAGCUCGCUACUUGCCAACCAGGUGCAAAAGGUCGACUGCCUUCUGUUUUGGAUUUGGACCGACCGAACCGCGCACGGAUAUACGGCCGGGAAUGAAGGCGUUGAGUUCACCGCAGCCUCACAGGCACGGAACCAGAAGGGUGUCCAAACCUGUGAUGGAGAAACGCAGACGGGAGAGGAUCAACCGCAGUUUGGAGACCUUGAGAGUUUUAAUGUUGGAGCACACGCGCAAUGAGAAGCUAACAAACCCCAAAGUGGAGAAGGCCGAAAUCCUCGAGAGCGUGGUGCAGUUCUUGAAGUCGAACAAAGAAGAGGCGAAAGAUCAGCGUGCGAUAAAGUCCAUCUUGUCGUCUGCGGAGCACGAUCGCAAGGAGCAGGAAGGCGCGAGGUCCUGCCUCCACAGGAUCAGGCGUUUCGUAGCCGGCGACGAGCAGGGCUCGAACCGUGGCUCCCCGGAGGCCCCUUCGCCGGGCGCGUCCUCGCACGUCCCCGCUGUGUAUCCCCCGCACCUGAGCCGCCGUCAGCUCCAAGACAGCAUCGCCCGUCCUUACCCGUGCCAGGUGGGCGAGUAUCGGUACUGUGACACCGGGAAACUGCUCCCGUCCCCCACGGCCUCCCCCCAGAGUCCGGACGCUGUGUGGAGACCCUGGCCCCAGUCAUGAACAUUCGCGUUCAGUACGGUGCUAGAUUCUGUUCAGCUACUUCCUUGAUACUG